AUGGGUUGGGUUAGAAUAAAUGCAGACAUAUCACCACUUCUGGAGCAUGUAGCUCCUCAACUUGAAGAAUUUUCACUUGAAGAGAGUACUUGGAUAGGGGAAAAUUCUCGUCAGAAUGAAGCUAAGGCUUCUCAGUUCCUCCCUAAAAUGCAUCGUUUGCGCAGACUUAAUUUGCGCAAAUUUGGUGGGCCAUUGGAUGAUUUGGUCAAAAUUGAAGGAAGUCAAUUGGAAUAUCUCGAUGUUAGUGAAGCCCGUCAACUCGAUGCUGAUACUCUCGUUAAUUUCCUCAAUCAAAAUAAUCAACUAAUUUGCCUCCACCUCUGUCCAAUUCCUCGGCAAUGUCUUCAAUUGGUUGCUGCAUCUACUACAUCAGCUAUCAAUGUUCCAACAGCUUUCCUAGGCUUUACUAAACAGGAAAUAAGGGAAAGACAACGUUAUAAAGAAGAGAAUGGGAAUAUUCCUUUGAGGAGACCCAAAAAAGGAAAAACUGCUGAUCUUCAAACAUUAAUUGGCCAAAUUGGAAAAAUGCCCAAAUUGAGGACACUUUGGCUUGGAUAUAUUCCUUAUACUUCCCAUUUCCUUGAUAUAUCUCCCAUUGGCAAUGCUGCAGAACUAAAACAUUUACAUUUGAAGGUCUUAGACAUAACAAGCUGA